AUGAAGUCCAGCUUGUUUGCUGCCGCGUUGGGCGCUCUCGCUGCAGCGUGCGCCUCCGCUGCCCCUUCUCCCGCAGAUCCUUUCGACUUUCGUCAAGCCGCUCUCGUGUAUCCCCGAAUGAACGACGGUGUCGCCCAAGGCCAAGCAAGCCUCGUCGGCAAUGGUCAGUGUCGCAACUCGAACGGCAGCUCGCUCUCGGGCUAUCAACCUGCCCUCUACACGGAGUCCGUGCGACCUCAGAUCCACUUUUCCCCCACUGUCAACUUUAUGAACGACCCUAACGGCUUGGUCUACAGCAACGGAACCUGGCACCUCUUCUACCAGUACAACCCAACGCAGAACGUGGCCGGAAAUCAGCACUGGGGUCAUGCUGUGUCGACCGACUUGUACCACUGGAAGAACCUCCCUAUCGCCAUUGCCCCCGAGAAGGAGGGUGAAGGCAUCUUUAGUGGCAAUGCUGUCAUCGAUUUCGAGAAUACGACGGGCUUCUUCAACGGGUCGACGCCCAAGGACCAACGAAUCGUCGCCAUGUACACCCUCAACACAGACACUUCGCAAACGCAGCACCUCGCCUACUCGUCGGACGGCAUCCACUUCACCAAGUACCCUGGAGCCGUCAUCUCCCGCAAUCAGACCCAGUUCCGUGACCCCAAAGCCUUCUGGGAUGAAAAGUCGUCGCGCUGGAUCGUCGCUCUGGCACUGUCGCAGGAGUUCGGCAUCGUCUUUUACUCGUCACCCAACAUGAAAGACUGGACCGAGGUGAGCCGCUUCCAGUCGUACGGUAUCCUCGGCUACCAGUACGAAUGCCCCGACCUGUUUCAAGUGCCUGUCGAAGGCGGUCCCGAUGACGGCAAGAUGAUGUAUGUUUUGGCAAUUUCGAUCAACCCAGGUGCGCUCAUCGGUGGAUCUUUCGUGCAGUACUGGGUUGGCGACUGGGACGGCUCCAAGUUUACGCCUCGCGACAACGCCGUCAGGACCAUGGACUUCAGCAAGGACUUUUACGCCUUUAGCAGCUGGAACAACAGCCCGGGAAAGAAGGCUUACGCCAUCGCUUGGGCCAACAACUGGCAGUACUCGCAGCAAGUGCCCACUUCGCCCUUCCGCUCGAUCCAAAGUCUCCCGCGCGAGCUCACGCUCAAGUACUACCGCCCGACUCCUCAGUUCGGUGAUCUGAUCCUCAACAACAGGCCCGUCAACCUUUCUGCCAUUCACGGUAAGACUCUUUACAAGUCGGAAAACGGCAACAGCGCGCGCAACCAGACAGUGAACCUCAGUGGCCAGGGCGCGUUCGACAUUACAGCGACGUUCAAGCUGCCUGCCAACGCCAACAUCACCUAUAACACCAUCGCCUCCUUCGAGAUCUUUGCUGGCGAUGGCAAGCAGAGUGUCAAGACAGGCAUCCAGAUGGGCGAGCCUGCUGUUGCUUACAUCGAUCGACGUGGCGCCGGCCAGUCAUUUGCAGCUCAGAAUCCCUUCUUUACCGACAAGACCUCGGGUAUCAUCCGAUACGCCGCCAACUACACGACAGCGUCCAGCGAGAACGCCGACCAAUACGUUCUCGGACCCCUCCCACCCUCGGCAUACCUCGAUUCGACAGACCAGGCCCAAUAUAUCAAGCUGCAAGCUGUUGUCGACAGGUCCGUGAUCGAGGUGUUUGUCAACGACGGUGAGCUUGCCGGCACUUCAGUAUUCUACUUUGACAACGACCAGAUCCCUUCUAAGGUGACUGUCUCGGUCGGCGACAACAAGCUCCAGCUCGUCGACCUCGAGGUCAGGGCUCUCAACUCGAUCUGGUCCAAAUGUAAGGAGUAA